AUGAGCAACAACGGCGGGCCAUUGCGACCACCGCCACCGCCGGCGCAGCGGUCGCGAGAUACACGGAGCAACUACUUUGCGACGUACACCUCGGCGCCCGUCUCUACCCCCACACCACCCCCGCCGCCGCCCCCACCAAUACACAAUACCGCCGCGGCGUCGGCAGCAGCAGUCGCCGGCACAACAGCAGCAGCUGCCCAUACAGUACCAACGCCACCUCCGCCCCCACCACCAAGAGUCCACGCUUCCACGUCCUCCUCGUCUUCGCUGCUGUUGACACCAACGUCAUUGACUGCAGCGUCGUUAGCAGCGAACCAGGCUGGCGCGCGAGGCACCGUCUACUCGCCAACGUCGCCGACGUCGCAGGGCCCGGCACCUUCAUUAAUACCCGGUGGCGCCAACUCGGCCUCCUCGUCGACAACCUCCCUCUUUCGCUCCAACUCCAACUCAAACACUGCCAAUGCCGCAGCAGGAGCAGCAGCCACAGGCGCACCCGUUGGCGCCGCUGUGACCAAUCCGGCCAGCUCGGGCACCCCAAACCCGCCCUCGGCAGCGGAAGCCAUCCAUGGCCCGGUCCGUGAACCCGUUCGCGAGUUCACACCACCGACGGACCGUCUCAUUGUGGGAGUCGAUUUUGGCACGACGUUCUCGGGAGUCGCCGCCGUGUACACACCCAUGCCCGACGACAUUGAGAUUAUCAAAACGUGGCCGGGCGGCAACGGUAUCACCUCCGACAAGGUGCCGACCGAGAUGACCUAUGACCUGCCAAUUGAUGCGCCACCGGGCACAGAGCCCACGGUGCGAUGGGGAUUUCAGUUCAAGCCCGAGGAGUCGCGGCUGCGCUGCAUCAAGCUGUUUCUCGACCGCACACAAAAGCUGCCGUUCUAUGUCAGUCCGCUCGAGACCGCCGCCCAGUUGAGCCGCUACAAGAAGACGGUGGUCGACGCUGUUGCCGACUAUCUCACCCAGGUCUACAGGCACACCAUGGACACGCUCUCGCGGCGUUACGGCGCAUCCUUUAUGGCCUCGACGCGUGUAGACUUUGUUCUGACCUGCCCUGCCGUGUGGUCCGAUGCCGCAAAGAACACGACGCUGUUGGCCGCCGAGCGCGCGGGCAUGGGCGACCGCUCGUCCAUCCAGAUGAUCAGUGAGCCCGAGGCCGCCGCCGUGUACACGCUCAAGGCCAUCCAGCCCAACCACCUCAAUGUCGGUGACAACUUUAUUGUGUGCGACGGCGGUGGAGGCACUGUCGACCUGAUUGCGUACAAAAUCAUUUCGUUGAAGCCGUUGCGUGUGGAGGAAUCGGCCGUGGGCACGGGCGGACUGUGUGGCAGCGCGUUCCUCAACUACCGCUUCGAGGAGCAUGUGUGUCGUAGACUUGGCCAGAGCCGCUUCGACGAAAUGAAGACGAAGAAAAGCAAGACCUGGCAGAUGGGACUGCGAUACUUUGAGGAGUUUGUGAAGCGCAACUUUAACGAGGACGAGCACCAGGAAGUCAACAUUCCGUUCCCCGGUUUGCCCGAUGAUGAGGAGGCUGGGCUUGACUCCGGUUUCUUGGUCAUGUCAGCCGAGCAGGUGUUGGAGAUUUUCGAACCGAUCGUCAAAGAGGUCUGCGAUCUUGUCCAGGGCCAAGUCGACAAGCUGCGUGCAAAGGGCGGCAUUGUAUCCGGCAUCAUUCUUGUCGGUGGCUUUGGCCAGAGCGAUUAUCUGUACAGGCGACUGAAGCACCACUUCCGCGGCAACCUGAUGGAUGGGCUCGCCAGCCAUGGCACUGGCUCGUCACAACUGCCACCACCGCCCUAUAGCGAGCGUCCCACGCAUGCGGCAGCUGCGUCGUUGGACAUUGCCAACUUGAGUCUUGGCGACGGCGUUGCAAACGGAUCUGUUCUGGUUCCGCCCAUCGAGGUCAUGCAGCCCGUUUAUGCCUGGACAGCCGUUGUCCGUGGUGCCGUCUUGCGGGGACUGGAAGGCAGCAUGGUGCUGUCCCGGCGGGCGCGCUUCCACUAUGGCACAUCGUAUGCCACCGUCUACGACGAGGCGAAGCAUUCGGUCAGCGAGCGCUACUGGUCGCCGCUCUGGGAGCGGUGGAUGGUGUCCGACCGCAUGCAGUGGCACAUUGCAAAGGGCGACUCCAUCUCGCCCCUGUCACCCAUUGCUUUCCACUACACCCGUAACUUCCGCCCGGGUCAGUCGCUGAUUGUGACGGACGACCUGAUUGCCUGUGCUGCCGACGAACCGCCAGAUUCGUACACCCGAGGCGGCGGCAGCGGGUUUGGCGGUGGUGCGCUUGCAAAGAGUGGUGCUCACAACGGUAGUAGUGAGAAUCUGGGAGGCAGCGGCGGCGGCGGUGACGGCGAUGAUGCGGACGGUAAUGGAAGCAAACUGAUCCAUGUCUGUACAUUGACGACGGACCUUAGCGCCGUCCCGCGAAGCCUCUUUACGCGCCUGACGACGACUCGCGGCGUUGAGUUUGACAACCUCGACUUUACCCUGGAAAUGGUCGUGGACAGUGCCGGGCUAGGGUUCGAGCUCAAGGUCGACGGAGUCCGCUAUGGCCGUGUUGAGGCAGACUUCCACUGA